GGCGGCCGGAGCGGUGGCGGCCGGGCGAAGAUGGCGGACGUGCUGAGCGUGCUGCGGCAGUACAACACGCAGAAGAAGGAGAUCGUGGUCAAGGGCGACGAGGUGAUCUUCGGAGAGUUCUCCUGGCCCAAGAACGUCAAGACCAACUAUGUCAUCUGGGGGACAGGGAAAGAGGGCCAGCCCAGGGAAUACUACACUUUGGAUUCUAUCUUGUUCCUGCUCAAUAAUGUGCACCUUUCCCAUCCUGUGUAUGUCCGUCGUGCUGCAACUGAAAACAUUCCUGUGGUAAGAAGACCUGAUAGGAAAGACUUGCUUGCAUACCUAAAUGGGGAAACAUCAACCUCAUCAAGCAUAGACAGAAGUGCUCCACUUGAAAUUGGUCUUCAGCGAUCCACUCAAGUUAAAAGAGCAGCAGAUGAAAUAUUAGCAGAAGCAAAGAAACCAAGAAUAGAGGAUGAGGAGUGUGUGCGCCUCGACAAGGAGCGCUUGGCAGCUCGGCUGGAAGGACACAAAGAGGGCAUCGUGCAAACGGAGCAGAUCAGGUCCUUGUCUGAAGCUAUGUCAGUGGAAAAAAUUGCUGCUAUCAAAGCCAAAAUCAUGGCAAAGAAAAGAUCCACUAUCAAAACUGAUCUGGAUGAUGACAUAACUGCUCUUAAACAGAGAAGUUUUGUUGAUGCUGAAGUGGAUGUAACUAGAGAUAUUGUCAGCAGGGAGAGAGUAUGGAGGACAAGAACUACAAUCUUACAAAGCACAGGCAAGAACUUUGCCAAGAAUAUUUUUGCAAUUCUUCAAUCAGUCAAAGCCAGAGAAGAAGGCCGAGCACCUGAGCAAAGACCUGCACCAAACACAGCACCAACGGAUCCCACUUUACGAAAUAAGCAACCUAUUCCAGCUGCAUACAACAGAUAUGAUCAGGAAAGAUUUAAAGGCAAAGAGGAAACGGAAGGCUUCAAGAUUGACACCAUGGGCACCUACCACGGGAUGACUCUGAAGUCUGUGACGGAAGGUGCAUCUGCUCGAAAAACACAAACUCCGGCAGCACAGCCUGUGCCACGACCAGUUUCUCAAGCAAGACCACCUCCAAACCAGAAAAAAGGAUCUCGAACUCCCAUAAUCAUUAUUCCAGCAGCCACGACCUCUUUAAUAACAAUGCUUAAUGCAAAGGACCUUCUGCAAGAUCUGAAGUUUGUACCAUCAGAUGAGAAGAAGAAGCAGGGCUGUCAACGAGAGAAUGAGACUCUAAUACAGAGGAGGAAGGACCAGAUGCAGCCGGGGGGAACCACAGUCAGCGUCACUGUCCCUUACCGGGUCGUGGAUCAACCUCUGAAACUCAUGCCACAGGACUGGGACCGCGUGGUGGCCGUGUUUGUCCAGGGCCCUGCCUGGCAGUUCAAGGGCUGGCCUUGGCUCCUGCCGGAUGGAUCUCCUGUUGAUAUCUUUGCAAAAAUUAAAGCUUUUCAUCUCAAAUACGAUGAAGUGCGCCUGGAUCCCAACGUACAGAAAUGGGAUGUAACAGUGUUAGAGCUCAGCUACCACAAAAGACACUUGGACAGGCCGGUAUUCCUACGCUUCUGGGAAACUUUGGACAGGUAUAUGGUAAAGCACAAAUCUCACUUGAGAUUCUAAAUCCUUCAGCUGCCAUUUAUUUCCUGAAGUAUGGAUUGAAAAAAAUGGAAGGGGCUCCAGUUUGGAGACCAGAGCUCGCACUAUAUAUGUCAAGAACUUUACAAAUGAGGAAGGGUCACAGUUUAAACUUUUUAUAAAAUCUUAUUUGGAUGAUUCAUGCCAUGGCAGGUUGAUACCUGUUAUUCAGAAGCAAAGGGGUUUUGCUUAAAACUAUUUUUUUAAUGUUGUUAGCCUUCUAGUCUGCAAUCCAAAUUGUAUAUUUUGAUAGCAGCAGUUUCUUCUCUGUUUUGUUAAAUUAGCCACAUUUUUAAAGAAUGUGUUUUGUUCCCGAGUAGGUGAUAGCUGGAUCUCCACGGCGGGUUCCCCACGUGUGUGUGCGUGUGUGCGUGUGCGCACGGGCGUGUGUAAAUAAAUGUGUGCCUGUGUCUGCAGAUAUAGUGUACAAAAAAGUUACAGACACACUGAGGCACACGUAGGUGUUCCCAGGCUUUCUGAACCACUUAGCUUCUGAGCUUAGUUUGGGGUUUCUUUGCUUACUGUUUCACUUACUGAAAAUAUUUUGUUGUGAAUGAUAUUACAUUUUAGUCAAUAGGACUUGCAAACUGAGCAAAGUGAAAGUUGUUUUCGAUAAAUCAAAAUGUCAACCUGUAUAUGUAUAUUCUGUCAGUCUUUGUUGAAAAAGGGAAGAUCAAAAAUCUAUUAACUCUUUUUUUGGAUUUGUAAUGUCCCAGUUUACUAAAUCUUGAAAAUUUAUUAUAGGCAUACCUUCAAGUCAUGGUAACUCUAAAUUGCCAUUCUCCACGCGCGUCUCUUUCUUUAAACUGAAAGUAUGCAUGUGUACAUUCCCAUCUAGCAAAUACCUUUGCAUAUGAGUCUAAAUGUUACCUAGAUUAAAUGAUGAAUAGAGGAGGAGACAGUUGGAUUCUUUUUUUUUCCUGGAACAGCCACCACAAGGAAUGAAUAAUUUUAACUUCUUUGCAUUUAUACCUCUAAUACUAUUUUCUUGUGACAAAAGUAGCCCAGACUCUCAACAGGAGUUGUAAUUUUCUGAGCUGAGUGGCUAAUAUGGCCUCCCAAGAGUCCUGCGUUGGAAUGGAAAAUCAGCCUUCUCAAAUUACCAAAGAACAGAUUUGCUUCAUCUACAGUGUGAGGCCAGAGGAUCCUGGUAUUUGUACCAAUUUACAGCAUCUCUGAAUCUAUGGAAUAACGUUAAGUUGAUGUUGCAUACCAGUGAAUGUAGAGAAUGAUCAAAUACUGUAACACCUGCAUGAUUUUUUUUCUGGGAUAGAAAAUACAUGUUUAUAUUCCUGUUCUUGAAAUUCCAAACCAUGUUUUUUUAAUAUACUUUACAUUUAAGGUUUGACAAAAAUAAAAUGUUCUACCUAUUCUGUUUUGGUUUUUAUUUGAUGUUAACUUCAUUUUUAAUAGAACCCCAAGUCACAUAUCCAUAACAGGUUUUUAAAACUAUGUCUUAAGUUUAUGAGGACUGUGAGGUCUGACUUUUAAUUGUAUAUUUCCAUCCCUGCUAUAUUGAGACUGUAUUUUCAAAUGGUCUUAAUGGAACUGUAAAAUCUCAAACCACCAAAGCAACCCUCCGUGAAUCCCAAGAUGAGAAGCAGCUGACCCUGGAUUUUGGAAUGGAUUCAGUGUGGUGACUGGGAAGACUGGGCACUGCAGAACCUCUGGGAAGUCUGUUUGUGUGGGCAGUUGGGCAGUACCCUGUUACCAUGUUUUCCUUGUACUCAAGCUUAUUAGAAAUGUGUCCAUGCCAUACUAGAGCUGGCUGAAACACUGAGUGCUUGGUUUUACCUGUACUGUACAGAGCAAAGCUGUAAUGGCUUCUUCCAGCAUUGUAGCUGCUACCACGUGGUAGCAAUUUAUAGCACAUUUCUUCUUUAAACAGUGAGAUAUCAUGUAUGCCUUCUUCAACUUGAGCAUUUCCAAAUAGAAAUGUCAUUUUUUCAGACUUAAUAAGUACAUCAUGGCC